UCUGCCUCUGGGGAUAACCGUCCCAGUUACCUGAGAAAGAACGUCAUUACGUAACUCCAGUAAUUAAGGUUAAAUUUAAAAACCCUGUUUACCAGGGAAAUUUGUUAUGUAUGGUUACUUGACAAUGAGGCUGACAAGCAGCGUGCAGCGUCUAGGCUGCGUGCUGGCACUUUGUUUCCUGGCCCUGGUUCUCUGGGACAUUCCUGGGGCCUGGGCCCUGGACAAUGGCUUGGCAAUGACCCCUACCAUGGGCUGGCUUCACUGGGAGCGUUUCAUGUGCAACACUGACUGCAAAGAAGAGCCGGAUUCCUGUAUCAGUGAGAAACUCUUCAUGCAAAUGGCAGAUCUCAUGGACUCAGAUGGCUGGAAGGAAGUAGGGUAUGAGUACCUCUGCAUUGAUGACUGUUGGAUGGCUGCCCAAAGAGACUCAAAAGGCAGACUUCAGGCAGACCCUAUACGCUUUCCUAGUGGGAUCCACCACCUAGCUAACUAUGUCCAUAGCAAAGGACUGAAACUGGGGAUUUACGCAGAUGUUGGGAAAAAAACCUGUGCAGGCUUCCCUGGGAGUUUUGGAUACUAUGACAUUGAUGCCGAGACCUUUGCUGACUGGGGAGUAGAUCUGCUAAAAUUUGAUGGUUGUUACUGUGACAGUGUGGAACAGUUGGCAGAUGGUUAUAAACACAUGUCCUUGGCCUUGAACAAGACUGGCAGAAGCAUUGUGUACUCCUGUGAGUGGCCCCUUUAUAUGUGGCCCUUUCAUAAGCCCAAUUAUACAGAAAUCCGACAGUACUGUAAUCACUGGAGAAAUUCUGGAGACGUUUAUGACUCUUGGCAGAGUGUAAAGAAUAUUUUGGAGUGGACAUCUUCUAACCAAAAGACAAUUGUUAGUGCUGCAGGACCAGGAGGUUGGAAUGACCCAGAUAUGUUAGUGAUUGGCAACUUUGGCCUCAGCUGGGAUCAGCAAAUAACUCAGAUGGCUCUCUGGGCUAUCAUGGCAGCUCCAUUACUCAUGUCCAAUGACCUCCGACACAUCAGCCUUCAAGCCAAAAUGCUCCUUCAGAAUAAGGAUGUAAUUGCCAUCAACCAGGACCCCUUGGGCAAACAGGGAUACCUACUUAGAAAGGAAGACAACUUUGAGGUGUGGGAACGCCCUCUCUCUAGCUUAGCCUGGGCUGUGGCUAUGGUAAACCUGCAGGAGAUUGGUGGACCUCGUUCUUAUACUGUCAACAUUGCAUCCCUGGGUCAAGGAGUGGCCUGCAAUCCUGCCUGUUUUAUCACAGAGCUCCUCCCUACGAAGACAAAGCUUGGGUUUUAUGAAUGGACUUCUUGUUUAAAAACUCGAAUAAAUCCCACAGGUACUGUUUUGCUUCUGCUAGAUAGAAGCCAGACAUUUAAAAAACCUCCUUAGUAGCCCUUGGUUGGGUGACUCAGUUGGAGCGAGCAUCAUCCCACACAUCAAAAGGCUGCAGGUUUAAUCCCCAGUUGGGGCACUUAUAGGAGCAAUUGAUCUAUCUCUUUUCCUCUAAAAUCAAUAAAUAUUGCCCCCCCAUUGAGGUUUAAAAAAAAUAAAAGCUUCCUUAAAAAUGUU